AUGCUCCCCAUUACCGAAUUCCAGUUUGCGUUCUGUGGGAUCGCGACUUUUGCGGCCACCUUCGGCUACGCAUGUGCUCGCAGAGCCUCGUCCCUGAACGCGCAACCAAGCCACGUCGAUGUCGAACCCGAGGAGAAGUCUCUCAAGCGUAAGCUCGAUGAAUCUGAUGGCGAAUCCGAGGGCGAGCAGGAGAGGCCUGUCAAAAGGAGCAGAACACCUCCCAACGACCACGAGGAGGAAGAGUGGGAAGUUGUCAUCCCACCUCCUUCAUAUCAAGAGGCCCAGAACGCGGCACCCCAUCCUGAACCAGCUGUUCGAGAAGAAGUGUCUACAGCUGUUCAAAUCGGGACCGCGCAAGUCAAAGAAGUCGCUCCAAGCGCUAACGAGCCCGCUCCAGAAGCACACGUUCCACCGGCUACCACUGGUAACGAAAAUGUCCAGUCAGCCGAACUACAGACAGAGGAGGUUGAGUCACAACCUAAGCAUCCCGAGAAUCAGUCUCAAUCAUUGAGGACCAAUGAGCCCAGCGAGCCUCGCCCCGUUACGCCGCCGCCGCCGCCGCCACCAGCUCCCAAGCCAGUCACUCUUAAGCCGAAUGUCACCGCAUUCUCAUCUUUUGCAAAUACCAAAUCUCCUUUCACUAAGUAUUCCAACACCCCCUUCCCGUCAUCUACGUCAACAUUCACACCUGCCUGGCGAUGCGGCGAAUCCCGUACCCCAGGCUGUUCUAUUGACAACGUACCAGUGCCGUGUCCGAAUGAUAAUGCGCUCUCACCGUCUCCAAACGAAGUUGCUGAGACGUCUUCGGCUGGUGCUCUGGGUGACCGUGCGCAGGCAUCCACGGCACCAAAAGCAUCUUCACUUGUAACCGGUGAAGAAGACGAAUCCGUAUCCUCCGAGCUCAAAGGUGUCAAAAUCUUCAUAAAGCGCGGACGCAAAGAGUUCACGGAUGGUAAUUUUGGGCAUAUCAAAGUUCUGACGCAGAACGAACGCACACGCUUGUUAUUCAGACGGGACCCCCUGGGCCAGGUGUCAAUGAAUGUAGCAUUGCGGUCCGCAGUACGAUGCCAUUAUGAUGCAGGGGAAAAUAUUCUCCGAGUCGUGCUGAUGGAGCAGGUCGCCGUUGAGGGGAAGGAACCGAAAGACGAGGUUGUGAUCUAUGCCCUCAAGCCGGGGCGUGCAUCGAAGGCCGAUUUCAAGCUUUUUUCUGAAACGCUCUGCGCAAACGAUCGUCUCAAGGCAUCGUAA